CGAGCGCGCUCUCGGAGGGGAGGAUUCGCGUGUUUCACUACUUUGGCUUUUCUCCCAGAAAGAUCUCGGUGUGGGAAUUUCAAUUUUACAUUUCUGAGGCUGUCCGAGGCUCUUUAAUCGGAGACCACAUCCCCAAAGUUUCGCCGAGCGCGUCCAGACUGAGAAAGUGUGCUGGCCGUGAUGACCACAGAGGUGGGCUCCGACAGCGACGUGAAGAAGGACGAGGAGAAGACUCCUGGAGAUCAGCAGCAGACAGACAAACCUGCUGAACCACCACAGGAGAAGAGCGCGAGCAUCGAGGCCGAGAGCGGUCAGGAAGCAUGUGUGUCCAGUCCUCCUGCUGCCGGCGGACAGAAGAAGGAGAAGACCAUCUCACGCUUCCUGCCUCCAUGGCUUAAACGACAGAAGUCACAGAGCCAGGACAAGCCCAGCGAGAGCUCAGCGCCAGAGCAGGAGAGUGUGGAGCUGAAGGAGGAGCAGACGGACGGAGGAGGAGCAGAGCAGACCGAGGAGAAGAAAGAGGAGGAGACCGAGGAGAAGUCUGUCGGCAGCGCUGACACUCAGCCCGUGAGAGAGGAGAAGGAGGACGAGUCGGAGCUGAAGGAGGAAGAGGCAGUGAUCCCACACGAGGCCAGUGUGCUGUCAGGACUCAAACUCAACAAGAAGAUGAAGAUGGUGGUGUGUCACGUGACCCUGCUGGACGGCAGCCUGUUCUCCUGUGAGCUGGAGAAACGGGCGAAAGGCCAGUACCUCUUUUUUCAAGUCUGCGAGCACCUGAAUCUGCUGGAGAAGGAUUACUUUGGCCUGAGCUUUAAAGACAACACUGAGCAGAGGUGCUGGCUGGACCCGAACAAGGAGAUCAAGCGUCAGAUCCGCAACUCUCAGUGGCAGUUCACGUUCAGUGUGAAGUUUUACCCUUUGGACCCGUCUCAGCUGACUGAGGACAUAACGAGGUAUCUGCUGUGUCUCCAGCUGAGGCAGGACAUUGCGUUGGGCCGGCUGCCCUGCUCCUUCGUCACACACGCUCUGCUGGGCUCCUACACCCUGCAGGCGGAGCUUGGGGACCACGACCCCGACGAGCAUCGUCUGGACUACAUCUCAGACUUCCAGUUCGCCCCGAACCAGACCAAGGAGCUGGAGGAGAAGGUGGUGGAGCUGCAGAAGUCCCACAGGGGAAUGACUCCAGCUCAAUCAGACGCCCAGUUUCUGGAGAAUGCCAAGAAGCUGUCCAUGUAUGGUGUAGACCUGCAUCACGCCAAGGACUCUGAUGGAGUGGAUAUCAUGCUGGGAGUGUGUGCAAACGGUUUGUUAAUCUAUAAGGAUCGUCUGCGGAUAAACCGCUUUGCUUGGCCCAAAAUCCUCAAGAUCUCCUACAAACGCAGUAACUUCUACAUCAAGAUCCGGCCGGGAGAGGCCGAGCAGUUCGAGAGCACCGUGGGCUUCAAGCUGCCCAACCACCGGGCCGCCAAAAGAGUUUGGAAAGUCUGCGUCGAGCACCACACCUUCUUCAGGCUGGUUUCUCCUGAGCAGUCCACCAAGACCAAGUUCCUGACCCUGGGCUCUAAGUUCCGCUACAGCGGGAGAACACAGGCACAGACGCGACAGGCCAGCUCCCUCAUCGACCGGCCCACGCCGUACUUCCAGCGCACCUCCAGCAAACGCCUCUCUCGCAGUCUUGAUGGAGCUCCUGUGGUGAGUGUGAGUGAUUACAGUCAGGCUGCAGGUGCUGGAGAGAACGGUCCGCCUCUGGAGCUCAACUCUGACUCUAAGAGUCCACAGGUGGAGGUCGUGCAGGAGCCAGACGCGGACGCAGCCACGUCCAUCAGCUCUGAAACGGCCUUUGAGACGGAUGGUGCUGGCGCUCCUGAGAGAAAGAGCAAGUUGAGAGUGCAGGGGGAAAAUAUAUAUGUCAGACAUAGCAAUUUAAUGUUGGAGGACUUGGAUAAGACCCAGGAGGAUGUGUUAAAGCAUCAGGCUAGCAUUAGUGAGCUAAAGCGCAGUUUUAUGGAGGCUACGCCCGAGCCCAGGCCCAGUCAGUGGGACAAGCGUCUGACGGGCAGUCCUGCCACCACCCUGCGCAUGCAGACUCAAGGGGUUCCACAGGAAACCCCUCCCCGUCCUGAGACGGACAGCAGAGACGCCAGCAAGAGCGCAGAGGUCAAACCCGAAGUCAACGGCCAGCCAGAGGUCGUAGAGGUCGUGGAAGAGACCGUUGUCAUCGAGGAAGUCAUCAAACCCAGAAGUCCCGCCCCUGAGGCCUCUGUUCCCGUGGAGACGGAGUGCGCUGCGGAGGUCAAGGAGGAGAGGAGUUUAUCGUCGGACAGUGAUAGUGAAGAGGAGGCGGAGUACCACGCUCAGCCACCCAGCACGAGCAUCUCCAUCCAGCAGAUCAAAGAAGAGCCUGAGGAGGAGCAGGAGGCGGAGCUUACUCAAGCCCCGCCCUCUGUGAUAGAGUCACAGCCAAUCACAGAAGCAGUUGAACCCGCCCUUUCUGCAGAGGAAGAGAAACCAGCAGAGCCUCAUGAGGACGAGCAUACAGACGAUCGCGAGCCAAUGGCCACACCAGACGAAGGUCCCAAUGGACACGCCCUCCACGCUGAAGCCCCGCCCACUGCCGAGGAGGAGGAGCCUCACAUCGUGAAUGGCAGCUCCUCUCGUGUGGAAGCAGAGCACCUGCCGCAGGUUAUUUGUUGUUUGGAGCCUCCUGUUGUGAAGACUGAGAUGGUUACGAUCUCAGACACGUUUGCUGCUCAGAAGACGGAGAUAUCCACUAAGGAGGUCCCCAUCGUGCACACGGAAACCAAGACCAUCACGUACGAGGCCGCCCAGCUGGAUGGUAAUGGAGACGGGGAGCCAGGCGUGCUCAUGACUGCUCAAACCAUCACCUCUGAAUCACUCUGCACCACCACCACCACACACAUCACCAAGACACUGAAGGGCGGGCUGUCAGAAACUCGCAUUGAGAAGCGCAUCGUCAUCACGGGAGACUCUGACAUCGAUCACGAUCAGGCGUUGGCCCAGGCUAUAAAGGAGGCCAAAGAGCAGCACCCUGACAUGUCUGUCACUCGUGUGGUGGUCCACAAAGAGACGGAGCUCGCCGAGGACAAGGACUGAUGGACAGAGCUGAAGUCCAGCACGUUCCUCCAGAGGUCAGAGGUCAUCCCUUCAUCCGGAGGAGAGAGAGCAGCUCUGAUCCUGUACAGAAACACAUCUUCAUCUUCUGUCUUUCACAACCACUUAGCUAACAUUUGUAGCUUUUUAUUUUUUUUAGUCUUCCUUUUACUUUCUCUCCUUCAAAAGAUGGUCUUUACCUUUUCUGAAGACCAGAUUGAUGUUAUUUUUAUUGUUAAUUAGUAAUACACAUUCUUAGUUCAUGAGGAGUAAUGGAUCACGUUGUGAUAAGAAGAAUAGGAGGAGCCUGUGAGCGCAUGAAGGUGAUGCUGAGGGGUGGGGUGACGAUGG